GAACGUCGGCGUCACUCUCCUUGGUGCGUCUGCAUUGCAUUAUACGCUGAAGCUGACAUUUACUUUGUAUCUUGCAGCGAUCAUCUUCGCUUUCUUAUUCAGCCUCAUGGGCUGCGAAAGCGAGGGUCGGACGAGCAUGAAUAUUGUCACCUCAGCUGGUGAAUUUACCAAGCAGUCCAUUGUUUACGGGCGCUGACGGACUGGAUGCUGACAGGUAAUGCUUCACAACUGAUAUUUGGAGGUUGGAAUGUUGACGCUAGGCAAGUACAAUGAAUCGUUUAAGGCAUGACAAGCUGAUAAAACACCGUGAAUCAAACAGGUGCUUCAGAACAAGGUCUCACAAUUUUCUUAUUAAGACACAGAAUAUCUGUUGAUACUGCAAUUAGCCGGACAUAUGGUCCAGGACCUGAAGACCACGCACCUUCUCCGAUCGUCUCCCAGGGCUGUAUUCGUUGCUCAACUCCUCGGAUCCGUGGUAUCAAUUGUUGUAUCAGCUAGUCUCUACGUCGUGUUUUCGACCGCUUACCCCUGUAUUAAUGACUUGACUCACACGACGUGCGCAUUCUCCACGCCUGAGGUGCAGUCAUGGCGCGCAGUGGCUGUUGCUGUGUCCUCAACUACGUUGCCCAUCCCACCGUCUUCAGGGUAUACGGCCAUUGCACUUGGAUUGACGGCCAUCAUGUCUGUCGUGGCAAAGUAUACGGUGGUUCCUCCAAGAUAUCACGACUUCAUACCGUGAGUGGUCGUGGUCGUGUUUUACUGAUUGCGUCUGACAAGCACACGAAGCAACUUCAAUGCUCUUGCAAUCGGGAUGAUGCUGAAUGUGGCCUCGUACCCUCUGGCGAUGGUUUUGGGGUCGACUCUGGCGAUCUUUUGGAGAAGAAAGUACUUUGACAGCUACCAGAUAU